AUAAAUAGCAUCCGUCUCUUGAAAGUCCUUUCGUCGAUUUAUUUAGCGAGUAACCGAAAGAUGGACACCGACGUCACGAUGGUCCCCGUAGAAGAAGUCGGAUCCAGCAGCGGCGCCGGAUCCUCAUCAACAAAAAAAGCACCCAAGCGCUUCGAAAUCAAAAAGUGGAACGCCGUCUCUCUCUGGGCUUGGGAUAUUGUUGUUGAUAAUUGCGCUAUUUGCAGGAACCAUAUCAUGGAUCUCUGUAUUGAGUGUCAAGCGAAUCAGGCUAGCGCCACGAGUGAGGAAUGCACAGUUGCUUGGGGGGUGUGCAAUCAUGCCUUUCACUUUCACUGCAUCAGCCGAUGGCUUAAAACGCGUCAAGUGUGCCCUCUGGAUAAUAGUGAGUGGGAGUUCCAAAAGUAUGGACACUAGAGGCACAGCCGCUCAGUUGAAUGGUGCUUCUCAAUUUCUUGAAGUUGGGAAAGCCUAAAACAGCUCGAUGUUAUUGCUAAUAUCUAGUGUGAUUGAGGCUUUCAGAACUUUGUCCUCUAUUUGAUAUCUGUCAUUAAAACUAGUCUCUACAUCACUACAUGCUCAGUAUCACAAAUGCAGUUUAUGAAAUUUGGGGGAUUUUGUGAUUGUUAAAACUUAAGCCUUGUAUGAAAUUAAGCUCAUGACUGCAGACUAUUUGAUUAUAAAAACUUCCUUGGUUGUAUGAA